AUUUAUAAAGCAACAGUCUGAAAAUUUAUAAAUUUCUUUUGUUUGGAUGUGGCUGAGCGUAUGAAUACACCAGUUGCUAUUAACCUCUCACUCUUAUUUAUGAUUUUAGGUGCCUAGUUCAGAAUGAAAAAAAGUGGAAUAAUCCAGAAUUUUUGCGUUUAUAUAAUAACUUUAAUAUUUAAAUUAAGGGUUUAUACUAUAAAAAUUUAGAGAUUAAAUUAUUUUUAUUAUUAUUAAUUGAAACGUCAAGUCAUGUUAUGAGUCAAUAAUAUAGAAAAGGAAUUUUUUGUGUAAAAGUUUUAAUUAAUUAAAAUCUCAUGUUAAUUUAGACAUAUGUUACAGAGGAGGCUGGAAAGAGAACUUGUGUUAUAUGGAGAAGCUCCAUCAGCGUCUGAUGAAGGUGAUGAGUACAAUGAGGACGGUGAAGAAAGCAAGCCUAUUGCAUCAGUCAAUGGGACAACGGAGUAUGACAAUGGGGACAUGAAAGUCACUGUGACAACUAGUGAUAUUUCUCGAGAAGAUAAGGAGGACCACAGUGGAAUGAUGCAAACAGCAGUGGCAAUGCCAACAUUGAUUGGAGAUGAUAAGAAACAUAAUUUAGCUUUUAGUAAAAUGAAAUCAUUCAAGAAAGUCCCAAAGCACAAGUUGAGGUUGAAGACACAUAAUAAAAGAGAGAGAACAAAGAAGUGGUAAUUGUCUCCUGUCAAAUGAAGUGCGGAUCAAAUUGUUUUCAGAUGGGAACAAAGAGCAGCCCAAUUGCUGAGUACAUCCUGCUAGGCCAUUUAAAGUUUAACUCACAUUCAUUAUUUGGCGAUCUGAAAGGUUGGUGAUAUUACUGUUAACACGAUAUAAAUGAUAUAUUCUUUGCUAACAAUUCAUUGAAUUUUGAAUCUGGUCUAUUUGAACAGAUUGUUUUUGUAUACUUCUUUUUAAUUUCCAAAUAUCAUGCAAGCUGGCAGUAAUGAUGAUUCGACUACAUUGUCCUUUCUUCUAUGUUUUCUUGCAAUUAAAUUUAUUUAUUUACACAUGUUUCAUUCCACAUCUUCCCAUGCAACAGCUUUUGGAGUUUGGACGAAUUUGUGAGAGAUGCUAGGGAUAAUCAUGCUGUGACUGUCCAAUCUGACUGGGUUUGCCAUGUAGGUUGUCUUGUAUGAGUACAAGCUUUCACUUGCAACACAGUAAGUGGUCUAAUUGUUUGUGCAGACUGCAUAAAUUGUUGCUAGAGAUUCUUGAUCUGAAAAACACCUCUUAACUUCGGCAAUUCGCGACACCAUUUUUUUUACACUGUUUGAGAAAAAUUUUUAGGAUGA